UGUGUCUAUAUUUACCUGAUAUUUGUACUUACAGAUACGUGUGCUAGAUGGAGAAAUGAAUGCCUUUGAUUUGACCCGUGUGGUUAAAGCAGCAGAAAGAGCAGAUAGAGGGAAAGAGAAAGGGAGAGGUAAAACGAGAGAAGGGAUACAAAGCAUUAGCAUCAAACGUGCUUCAUACCCAGACCGAGACGGGAGAGAAACCAGUAGAGGGACCAACCGUGCAAAUGAGAGUGAGAGAGAGAAAAGGACAGGAAAGGGUUAUAGAAUAACAGCUCAAGUAAAAAGAAGACAGGAGUGCAGUAUCAAAACAAAAGGAGGUCUAGAGAGUGAAUUGUGUAGCAUCUGACGUCUGUGCGUCUCUCUCACCUCCAGGAUGGAGGGGCUGCUGCGGCUGAGUCUACCCGGAGCUUGAGGAGCCUUCCUGGGCUUCGUCUGUGUCAUCCUCCCCCUGUCUCUCUCUGCCCUGGUCCCCCUAUACUCAUCCAUCACUCGACCUCUGCAGUACAAGAGAGCAUCCGGUCCCACACGACACCUUCCACCUAAUCCCCACACUGAAUCGCCAGGGCAACCAUGGACGGACUACGCCUGCCACCGGUCAUCGAGGAGGUCAUGGACCCUGCAGAUGACAUAUGUGACCUGAAGGUAAGGCCUGGCAUUGUGGACAUGCUGACGGCCAAAGAGAGGGAGUCCCUGGAGGAGAACGAUGAGAAGGAGGAGAAAGAGAAGGAUGUGGAGGUGGGGAACGGAGAGAAGGGCCAGCAGGAGGAGCAGGGAGAGGAGAAAGAGGUGAAAGAGGAGGAGGAGGUGGAAGGAGGAAUGUUAGAGGAGGAUGACUUGGAGGAGUUGAGGUCCCAGGUGUUGCAGCUGGUGUUGGAGCUGGAGGAGGCCAGGGAGGUGUCUCAACAACAUGAAGAGAGCUUCAUGGAGCUCCAGGGUCUGUUGGAAGAUGAGCGUCUGGCUAGUGCUCACCAGGCAGAGAGCUUUACCAGACAGAUCCAGAGACUGCAAGCUCAGCUGCGUUCAGUCCAGGAGGAGAUGGACUCUCUGGAGGAGGAGAAGGAGAGUGAGCUGGGGGAGGUGCAGGAGGAGCUAAGGUCUGCCCAGGAGGAGGUGCUGGUGCUGCAGCAUGCGGGGGAGGAGGCGGCAGCAGAGAGGGAGAACGACAUCGCCUCCCUGCAGGAGGAGCUGUGUCGUCUGAGGGCCGAGCUGCAGCGUCUCCGCACCACGGCCCAAGAGUACGAGCUGGAGAUCACCACCCUGCGGGCCGAAAUCAGUAUGAAGAGCAUGAGGAGGGAGGGAGAGACUGACGGUGAGGUAAGCCAGCUGACGGCGGAGUGUCAUACGAUUUCAGACGAGUGUCAGACCCUGAAGGACGAAAACAAACAGCUGAGCCACAAACUGCAGCAGCUACAGCAGCAGCGAGCCGGCUCCAAUGAUGUCUACCUGGCCUUGAGAGGGGAGUGGGACGAAGACCAGAAGGAUGAGGGUGUUGGGCAGGAUGAGGAAUCAGUGAAAGCUGGAGGCUACAUGACCCUGUCCCAGACCCAGGGUGGGCAGACCCAGGGUGGGCAGACCCAGACUGGGCAAGGUGGGCGCUUGGUGGAUGCCUCCAUCCAGAAGAACAUCUCGUUCGAUGGCAAGCCCAUCACCAACUGGAACGGGGGACCCUCUGAAGUCUUCUCCCUACGAGACCAACUCAGACUGGCUGAGGAGAGGGCCUCGCAAGUACAGAGACAAUGUGAGGGGUUGAAGGGGGAGCUUGCAGAACUUCAGGGGCUGUUUGACUUCAGCCAGAAGGAGCGGGUGGAGCUGGAGCAGGAACUGCAUCACUGCAGGGUGGAGCUAGAGAGGCUGGGCGGCAGGAAGUCACAGAACUGCACUCCUCCGUCUGAGCCCCCUGUUCUCUCCAUCCCCUUCAUAGGAAUGAUUGUAAUAAUGGCCCUGAUAUGGUGCUGGUGUGAGGAGCUGGCGUUCUAGAGGGGACCAGGAGAGCGAGGGAGGCUGGAACCUGGUGCCGGUGGUUGCCGUGGCAGCGCUUGUAGUCCUGAUAGUCCCCAGCCUUUCCAGAGCGUUUACCUGAGGACUACACAGAACGGAAGUCACUGUACAGGAAAUGACUGUGCCGGUUUCCCCUGGUAACACUGGCAAUGCCAUGCCCCUAUCUCAUGAUGCCCUUUUCAAGUCUCCUCCUUGCUUCAUCUUCCAAGGAGGACUACAUCGACAACUGACAUUUUCACCAGGAAACACAACACAACAAGGAAGUAGUCUCAAGGAGAAAUAUACCUGUUUAAGCCACUCUAAAGAUAAGGACGGCAAUAUCUUGUUUCUCUUUAAAGUCCUUCAGUUUGACUCAAUCAGUUUCCCUCUCUACUACUCUUCUCUCUGCACUUCUUUAGAUAAACAUUGGUACGAGUUCAAGGGAACAGCAUAUUAUAACAGGGACUGCCUCAGAGUUUGUGGCAGUACGGUGUCUGCAUGGGUGUCAAUGGAAAGACACAAUUUAGCACACAACAUGUCUGAGCAUUUAUUGAUUGAUCGGUUGAUGGUUUAUUAUUUGAUUGGUUGAUGGUUGAUUGGUUUAUUAUUUGAUUGGUUGAUGGUUGAUUGGUUUAUUAUUUGAUUGGUUGAUGGUUGAUUGGUUUAUUAUUUGAUUGGUUGAUGGUUGAUUGGUUUAUUAUUUGAUUGGUUGAUGGUUGAUUGGUUUAUUGACAACCUGUAAAGGUUGAAUUGGGGAAAGCUCAUGCACAUAUUGAGUCACUGAUGAGAUGUUUCUCUUCCUAAUGGGCAUGUGAUCUUUCCCCAGAUCCUACCCCUCCUUUUGAAUCACUUUGAACAUUGCCAAUGCAACUGUCUCUGCUACACCUGUGUCUUUACGGCUCACAAUUUACUCUUUCAACACUUUUCCUUCUGUUUAUGUGGUGGCAUGCUCUUUUUACGUUUAAAUGAAGAUGUGUGGAGGAGGGUUUGAUUAUAUGUGUUUGAUGUAUUGGAUGUUUGUCUCCUUUGUAAAUGGUUCUUUGUCUCUCUCGUCUGCAUCUGUAUGACUCUCUCUCUCUCUCUCUCUCUCUCUCUCUCUCUCUCUCUCUCUCUCUCUCUCUCUCUCUCUCUCUCUCUCUCUCUCACACACACUUUCUCCUUACAAUUGGUUAUGUCUUGUAUGUGAAAGGAACCACAACCACUACACACAUCUAUACAGACGAACAAUACUAUCAUAAAUGCAACUUGGUGUAUUCAAUUUGACAGUCCAAAUGAUUUCCAGCUAGAUGUCUAUUUUUGUAGCCAUAGGAAGAAUUUAUCCCCUAGACUGAGGGGUUACUUAAUGACUGAUUCCACUGUGUUUGGUUCUGCUUAGAAACAGAACGUAAACAAGGCUCGUUAUUUGAAACAGAGAGUUAUUUUUGUAAAUAGACAUUGUGUUUAAAUGUUUUGCAUUAUUCUUUUUAUAUUAAUCGUGACAAGCAUUCUGAAAAAUGACAAACAAUCAACGUAGGUCACCAACAUGAAAAGUGGAGCCAGUGAUGAAAUAUGGACCAUUGUUUUCUAGGAUGUGCAUUUUGGGGUUUGUCUUACCUAGUCUUUUCGUCUUGUACUGUUUGCGUUCUACUCUCUGAUAUCUAUAUUCUCUAACAAUGAUGCCCUUUGCCUGCAAUGCAUGGGACCUUUUCAGUGUCAUUGCUGUAAACUUGACACAACACAUUCCAAUGAUAGAUUGACUAAACAACAACAGCGAUGUGACUCUGUUGUCAUGGAGAAGACUCUGCUGUUUCGGCACCUAUGGAGAGCCCCCGAGAAUACUUUUUGAUUCUUACUCUACCUUUGGCAUGAUUUAGCUACCGUGUAAAUACAUAGCAACAAAAAUCCUUUCAACUCCUUUAUGUUACUUGUGGAGCAAAAUGUCAGAAAUGCUUUUUGCGUUGAGUUAGAACGGUGGUGUCAUUUUAGAGCUGUCGGAGUUAAAUGGUCUUCGUCCAUGAACACACCACGACUAUGACUGAGAGAGCAAUCUAACAUAAAUGUUUUCUUUUCUAGAGGAUCGUUUGUGAGAAACGUGUACAGAAUGCAGUAAGCGUUAUAGCUGGUGCCUGGAUUCGUAGUGUGCUUUCAUGACUGACAGUUAGUUGGCUUGUUUCACAGAUGUAUGUAGGCGAGCUAAUCAGCUUAAAUUCCGUGGGUGUGUAUGUGACAAGACUUUGAAAGCGUGCUUAGCCAAUGUUCUUCUAUAUUCCAGUAUCCCAUUGGAAAGUUAUAGCAUUAUAAAUAUGUAUAGGUAAUUAGUGCUUCUAAUUUGUGCUAUGAAUCGAUAAAUUACGACUAUAAGUAUAUAAUAUUAGUUUCAAUACAUGUUUCAUAAUCAUAACCGUAUGAUAGGCAAUUAAACACUGAGGUGACCUGAAAAACAUGAAUGCUUAUAGGCUAUGUAUAGAAUCUUUUUCCCACAGUGCAGAGACAAUAUAAGACCUCAUUGGUAGGUAAAUGCAUGCUACAGUGUAUGUAAAAACAUGAUCUGUAGAUGUGUACCAACAUGUGGUAUUUGUAUUGUAUUGUAAAUAGGAAAUAGUUUAACACAGUUAAAUAACAUGGUUUGUUGAUUGAGAGCAGUUCUAGAUUGAGUAGAGGGUUGCUUUUGAAUUGGCUGAACACAGCCCGUGCAUGAAUAGUGUAUAUGUGUAUGAGACAGUAACAUGUAUAGAUAUUGCAUGUUAGACUUAGUAAACAACUUGCAUGUCUAUAGAUGGGUAGAUCUAGUUCCUGUAGUGACAGUAAUUUCAGCCAAUGCAUUAUGACCGUCUUAAUGCAUGACUAAUCAGAAUCAUUUGUGAUUUUUUCUCUCACUAUGUCAGUCUCUCUUAGUUGAUUUACUACUUUACUGGGUUGUCACUACUAAUAUUUUCACUUUGGUUUCAUACAGUCUAUUCUAUUCUAUCCUACUCUACUCUAUUCUACUUUUCUUCUUCAAUUGUCUGGUCUCUACAAUGUGUAUAGAUUUUUGGGGUAUUUAUCUUCUCUGCUGUGCUUCAAAUACUGUAAAUUCCACUGACUGUGUAUUUUCUUUUUACCCUGCUUCUAUUCCAGCAUGGAAGCGUAAACAAUAAGGAAGAGACACAUUACAGAAACUAUUCUACAUGUCAAAACAACCUGUGCUCUUAACUAGAAACUGGCUGCUGCUCACUGUAUGUGAUGAUGUGAAGUUUGACCUUUGAACUUAUGUAAAGCUGCUGCUCAUUCUGUGUGUCUCUCUGUCUGGGUCUGUGUGACAUGGCUACUGGCGAGCUUUUAUGGGUUAAUGAGAAUAUUGUGAGUAUUUUGGUAAAUAGUCUGUACAUUUUGUAAAUGAACUGAGAAAUAAAAGUAGUUUAUCCUUA